AUGGACUCACAACGGCCGAACGAUGUAUCGCCUGAGGCGAUGCAGGCGCGCAUUCAACAGGCCCGGCGCGAGGCCGAAACCCUCAAGGACAGAAUCAAGCGGAAGAAGGAUGAAUUGGCCGACACCACUCUGCGCGCCGUGUCGCAGCAGUCGCACGACUCAAUCCCCAGAAACCAGCUGAUGAAGACGAAGAGAACGUUGAAGGGCCAUUUGGCCAAGAUCUACGCCAUGCACUGGUCGACCGAUAGAAGACACCUGGUGUCCGCCUCGCAGGAUGGAAAGCUGAUCAUUUGGGACGCGUACACGACAAACAAGGUUCAUGCCAUUCCGCUGCGAUCUUCAUGGGUCAUGACUUGCGCAUAUGCUCCAAGCGGUAACUAUGUGGCUUGUGGUGGUCUCGACAACAUCUGCUCCAUCUACAACCUCAACCAAAACCGGGAUGGUCCCACCCGUGUCGCCCGCGAGCUCUCGGGCCACGCUGGUUACCUCUCUUGCUGCCGCUUCAUCAAUGACCGCAGCAUCCUGACUUCUUCUGGUGACAUGACUUGUAUGAAGUGGGAUAUCGAGACGGGCACCAAGGUCAUGGAGUUUGCCGACCAUCUUGGCGAUGUCAUGAGCAUCAGCUUGAACCCCACCAACCAGAACACCUUCAUUUCUGGUGCCUGCGAUGCUUUUGCCAAGCUGUGGGAUAUUCGUGCUGGCAAGGCCGUUCAGACAUUCGCCGGCCACGAGUCCGAUAUCAACGCCAUUCAGUUCUUCCCCGACGGCCACUCUUUCGUGACAGGUUCCGACGACGCCACCUGCCGACUCUUCGAUAUUCGUGCUGAUAGGGAGCUGAACCUCUAUGGUUCGGAAUCUAUUCUUUGUGGUAUUACUUCCGUCGCCACCUCUGUUUCUGGUCGCCUGCUGUUUGCUGGUUACGAUGAUUUCGAGUGCAAGGUCUGGGAUAUCACCCGUGGCGAGAAGGUCGGCUCCCUGGUGGGCCACGAGAACCGUGUCAGCUGUCUGGGUGUUAGCAACGAUGGUAUCAGCUUGUGCACAGGUUCUUGGGAUUCAGUCCUUAAAAUCUGGGCCUACUAA